AUGUCAGGAAGCCAGGCCACUCUUUUACUGAGAAAGCAAUUAAAAGAACUGUGUAAGAAUCCAGUGGAUGGUUUCUCAGCAGGGCUUGUGGAUGAUUCAAAUCUUUUUGAAUGGAAUGUAGCAAUAAUUGGCCCACCAGGUACCUUGUAUGAAGGAGGAUGUUUUAAUGCCCUCAUGAGUUUUCCACCCAACUACCCAAACAGUCCUCCAUCAGUGACGUUUACAUCAGAAAUGUGGCAUCCCAAUGUUUAUCCGGAUGGACGUGUUUGCAUUUCUAUUCUUCAUCCACCUGGAGAUGAUCCAAAUGGUUACGAGCAUGCCACUGAAAGAUGGUCACCUGUGCACACCGUGGAAACCAUUAUGUUGAGUAUUAUAUCAAUGCUAUCUUCUCCUAAUGAUGAAUCACCUGCAAACGUUGAUGCAGCCAAAGAGUGGCGAGAUCAAAGAGAUGAAUUCAAAAAGAAAGUUGGCAAGAUUGUCUGGCGGUCCCAAGAAAUGUUCUGA